AUGAAGGACAUUUUGAGUCAUAAGAAUGAUUGGAGAGAGACAGAAACAGUUUUCCUCACUAAAGAGUGCAGUGCAAUAAUUCAAAAUAGCUUACCAGAGAAGGUUAAGGACCUUGGAAGCUUUAUGAUACUAUGCACUCUAUGUAAUGCUUGUACAAGGACAACUCUAUGUGACCUUGGAGCAAGCAUCAAACUAAUACCUGCUUCAUUAAUAAAGAAGCUUUGCUUGAUUGAGAAAGUCAAACCAACCUGCAUAUGCCUUCAACUUGCUGAUGGUUCUAUUAAGAUACCAUCAGGAGUAAUCGAAGACAUGAUUGUCAGGGUUGGACCCUUUGCUUUUCCCACUGACUUUGUGGUGUUGGACAUGGAAGGGCACAAGAGUGCAUCCCUGAUUCUAGGGAGACUCUUCCUAGUUACAGGACGAACCUUCAUUGAUGUUGAAAAAGGGGAAGUAACCCUUAGAGUUAAUGAGAAAAAGUUCAUAUUGAAUGUUGUAAAAGCCAUGCAGCAUCAAGACACCCUAAAGGAAUGCAUGAGCAUUGACGUUGUUGAUUCCCUAGUGAAAGAAGUAAACAUGGCUGAGAGUCUCAAGGAAGGGCUGAAUGACAUCCUUACUGAUGAACAGCCUGACUUAGAGGAUCCUUUGGAAAUUCCUAAGGAAAAGGAGAAGUCUCCAAAGCUUGAGCUCAAGCCAUUACCAUCUUUCCUGAAAUAUGCAUUUCUGGGAGAUGGAGAUACUUAUCCUACAGCAUCGUGGUUUGCAAACAUUGUAAAUUACAAGGCUAUAAGGUUCAUUCCCAAGGAGUUUAACAGGAAGCAAGCCCUGAAACUCAUGCAUGAUGCAAAGUAUUAG